AUGAUAGUAAUAUGAAAUCCGAUCGAAGUGAUAUGGUCGGUCGGAUUCUGCUCUCCGUACUUUCUUCCAGGGGGAAAACACAACCGAUGCAGGCUAUUUCGAAAAAAUUGUCCUUAUAAUGUUUUAUUUGAUCCACGAGCGAAGUACGGUGGAGAGAGGGAGGAGAGAAUCUGAAGGCUAUUUUGAGCCUAUCAUCAGAGGUUAUGGCGGAAGACGACGAUGAGAGCUUCGGAGACUUCUCAUUCGCUCCUUAUCCUCCCAAACCCACCGUCGAUGCCCAAACAAAUGCCCAAAAACCACCGCUAACCGCCAUUGAUGCUGAUAACAAUUUGGAGGGUGAUGAGUGGGGACAUUUUGUGGAUGGGUCACAAGGAUCGAAUCUCUCAGAAGGACCAUCUCAACCUGACCCGUUUGUUGUCUUCUCCACUCACGGAUUUCAGCAUCCGACGCCAUCAACUCGGUUGCGUGAGCAGGUGACGAGCCAAAUUAAGUCGCCUGAGACUCCUCAGUGGGUGAAGCCCACAGGCGCUUUGCCGCUUUCUUUGUUCGGAGAAGAAGAGGACGAUGAGAAACAUGUUAUGGGAGUGGAAUCUGCGCUGAUUGAAACUCAAUUUGCUAAAGAAGAAACUAAUAAACUGAGCAAUGGAUCUAACACUGGUUCCAGUAUUGGACUGAACGAUAUUCUCGCGGACUUAUACAAUCACAGUCCAAAGUUCCAAUCUGGAAAUCCUGCUUCAAAUGCUAGCGUAUCUGGUAACCUGAUCUUUAAUUUGGACUCAAGUAAAUUCGAUUUGACCCUGGGUUCGUCUGCCCGGGAGGAAGACUCAACUGACGUUAUUAAUUUGGAUUGGAACAUAGCUACGCCCAAAUCAAAUUCCCUAUCAGUUGGAUCGAUUUCUACUGAAAGCAGUAGGGAUUUGAAUAAAUUUUGUUCGGAACAGACAGGAUUUCAAUCAAAUAUGAGUGUUGAUGUAAUUGAAUUGAGUGAGAGGAUAAAUAAUGUGGAUGGAGUGCAUAGCGUGAAGAUAGAUGUUUGCAGCUCAGACACAACUGUAUCAAGUUACGGUGGCUGGGGACUUGACUUUGGUGGUUUUGGACCAUCCCCUAAAACUUUGAAUUCAAGCUUUAGUAGGCUGAAUUCAAAUUCAGAUGCCACAGUUGCUUGUGAAAAGUCAGAUGCUAAAAACACUAAUAGUGAUUGUGAUGGUGAUGGUGAUGGUGAUGGUGAUGGUGAUGGUGAUGGUGAUGGUGAUGGUGAUGAUGAUGAUGAUGAUGAUGAUGAUGAUGAUGGAUGGGAGUUCAAGGAUGCAUGUACUGAAGGAAGGGAAAUGGGUACAAAAAAUAAGGCUGGCUCAGAAGCACAAGAAAUAUAUGGGACAAACACACUACCUGUUUGCUUUAGUAAUGGUUCAAGCACACCACCUGAUUUGUUUCCCGUGCCAAAUAGACCGGCAGAAGCUGAUUCUCUCAGACACUAUAUGGGUGACAUGAAUACAUAUUCUAAGGGGAUGGAUACCUGUUCAAAUGCAGUGCUUCAAACAGACAUAAAGGGACAUGAUACUGGCACCAUGGUUCCAUACUUGUAUGGGCUUGAGAGUGUUUCAAACCAUUCAGAUGACCUAUUUUCUUUGUCCAAUAGAACUGACAUCGUGCUGCAAGAUACUGGUGACAUGCUGCCAUUAUCAUCUAGAUUUUCUAAUGGUUUUCUCAUGACAAAUGAGUCUGUAAAAGCUAUACAGGAGGAACAUGAUGCUGGUGCUUUGAAGGUCAAUUUGUCCUGGUAUUCCGAGGGUGCUAGUCCCUCGAUCGGUUUACUUACUGCAUCAGAUGCAUCGACCGAUUUGUUUACAACUACAAAUGCAUUCACUAGCAUUAUGCAUGAAUAUAAGGUUGAAAGCAGUAAUAAGUUGGGUGCUUGUGCUCAAAACAACUUUGUUUCAGAUUUCUCUGAGACAUCUGAAAGAAGAGAUAGUAAUGGGGAUGACUUUGGAGAAUUUACAUCUGCAUUGUCAGAUAGUGCAUCACCGCUGGAGGUGAACAUGUCAGGGUCUAUUUUUGAAGGAACAUUGCCUUUCUCUGUACCUGGCAAUGAAGAGCUGGGCGUUGAUGUCUCUCCUCCCAUCAAUGAUUGUUUUACGUGUCAUCAAAUUGCUAAAAAACCAGAACCCGCUAUUUCAAUCAAUGAUAUAAUACCAAGUUUCUACAACCAAGUAGAGCACACCUCUUCUGUCAACUCGUUGGAAAAUCUUUCUAAUGUUGUAGAAUCCCCUUAUUUGGGUGACAUCUCUAAUUUGGUGAAUGGUGAAGAUGUACUGGGUGAUAAAUCAUCAGAGCCUAAAGGUGCCAUAACUCAAAGAAGAGCAGAAAGUGAGACAUGCAGUUUGGAUCAUGGAGAACCACUUCCAAGCAGUUUGACCACCAGAAAUCUGGAUAGUUAUGUCGACUUCUAUUCAGAAUUAAAGAAGGAGUUAUGCCUUCACAGCAAACAUAACCUUCCGAAUCUUAAGGGCGCUCACAAGGAAUUAGACUAUGAAUAUUCUAUACGUGAAGGAGAUAAUUUAACAGUGCAUCCGUCCUGGGAGACUUGUUUUCAUGAGUUCAUUGAGGUUCUUAAGAAACCAAAAUUUCAAGUGCUAGAAUCAGAAUAUAACAUAUCAAGAAGGCUCUCACAAAUGGAAAGUGAUUUUAGUUCAUCAGUUGAGCUUAUUAGCCAUGCUAGCAUAAUGCUGAAUCUUUUGACAUUGGUGUCAGUCAAGGACCAGCUGUUCUAUGUUUCAAUAUGGUACACAAUUGUAUCUGUUUGCACUCGAGAGUUGCAGCAUGGUACCAAUCUUUGGAAGAAGAUAUUGGAUAACGAUGCUCAGAGUCAGAUAUUGUCCAAUACUAGAGGAAGGAAAUACAUUUUGGGCCUUGUUGAGAUUUACAAGGUUGCUGUAGUGCUCGAAGCUUCAGUCAAGCUUUACCAGCCAUGGACUUGGUUAAGUUCCGUUGAUUUCACAGGCAUCUAUUCUCUUCUAGAUGAGUGCCAUGCUCUAUGGUCUAGUUCAGGACUUGGGCAUGCUAUCUUGUCAUCAGAUCUUGAAUCUGCCAGCACCAUUGGACUGUGUCUUAACAAUAUCAAGUUUAUUCAUGAUAUUGAUGCAUACACUCUUCAAAAGCGUCUUUUCAGUCAAAAUGAUAUUACUUGUGGACUAUCACUCUUAACUUCAGAAGUGUUACAUGAAUUAGGAAUGAAGCUUGUCUUAUGGAAUGGAGAGCAUUACUUUGUCACACUUGCAAACAUCUGGGCGAAUCUCAUAAGCAAUGAUCCUCCUGAGUUGCCACCACGAUUAUGUUUUGCAAGUUGAGAAAAUACUCUUUCUUUGCAAAGCUAUACAAGUUUUUUAAGGAGUACAAUUCCAAGCAGAAAACUAGUGUAUUGCAUCCUGAAUGAACUAGUUGAGUGUAAGGUCCAAGGCUAUAAGCAACCUAGUCCGUAUUUAGGAACCAUGGUCAAAUAUUAGUGAAACGUAAGUACUUUUUUGUUCUAUAAAGAAUUGUCAUUCUUUUCCAGGAUGUGUAGUUAGUGUUUUUUCUGAUGUAUUUGAUUUAUGUCCAUGUGGAUUCGGGGUUGUAUGAGAGUUUUUUUGCAAGUGUAAGUGAUCACUAUAGGUGUUCUUUUGUCAAAAAAGAAUAUAAAUAAAUAAAUAAAUAAAUAAAGCUUGAUAAAUUUUCCUGCAA